AUGAACGAUACGGCGGUGUUCGCGAGGACUGCGCUUGGGAUAGCUUUGAUACUUGACAUUGUGGGGGUGUACGUGCUGGUGACGACGUGGAAUGACUACUGCGACAAGCCUUUACGGUGGUAUGUGGUGGGGUCGGUGUUUCUGAGUUCCCCUGUUACCGCGGUUUGCGGGUUUUUGCCAUGGUCGAGCAAAAGCUACCUGGUGGUGGAGACGGUGUGCACGGUGGCGUAUGGCGUGUUGGUGGUCAUGGGAACGACGUUGACGAACACUACAUUGUUCUGCCAGAACACGGCACCUGUGCUGUGGUGGUGGUGCUUUGUGAAUAAUGCGAUUGCUUGGAGCAUCAUAAUGGGCUACUUGAGUCUAACAGUGCUCCUGACUGUUCUGACUGCAGUCAUUGCGAACAAGCAGAAGCCAUCCACGUUGGCCACCUAA